AUGAAUCUUGUGCCAGCAAAUAGCGCCGCGAAGCAGAUUCCGCACCCGCCACUUUCUUCCGGAGUUGCGCUGGACGCACCCGUUGCGCACAGCUUGAAUGACAACCAUCCCCUCCAGCAACGGUUGGCUGACUGGGAUGACAACCAGAAAGGUCUCCAGAUGGAAAUGUUACGCAGGGUUUACGGUGCAGCAGAGCCAAUUCGCCGGGCAAUGGAGCAAACUAUUAUUGAAAAGUCUACUUUUGUUCCUGAAUCUGUGGGGGGCAGUUCGAAUCUACACUUAAAUAUCCUCGCCAACCGCGACGCCACUAUCGGGUGGGAAGACGUAUAUCCCGACCAUAAGGAGACUUCUUUCCAUCAGGAACUUGAGUCACGUAUGUUCAAAUAG